AUGACGAACGACGCAGGCAGCAAGCUGAUCACAGGAGUCGAAGGCGUCUACGACGUACCAUGGAAGCCACAUAUCGGACUGAAGUUCACAAUUCGUGGACAGGGACUUGCGACGCAGUGUAGGACGAUCAACCUGCCGAAGGCGUUCCCGCACCCACCGCGGAAGGGCAAGGCGCCCAACCCGCAGAGCAAGAGAUCUAAGAGACGCCUGCAGGCCAAGGCCAAGGAGGAGGCCGAGGCCACCGCAGCUGGAUCCCAGACCAUGGCGAUCGGCGGCAAGAACGUGGAGGAGCUGGACGACGAGCGCUGGGAGGCACUCUCCCCAGUCGCAGGCUGGGCCAGCUUCCCGAACACCGUGCGCGACGAGGCCCACGUGCAAGAGGAGUACAGGCACCACAUGGACGACGAUGAGGUCGACGUGUUCGCCGACCUGGACCCCGAGGACGAGGCCGAGGCAAUCAGGAUGUGCGGCGAGUUCGGCCAGGACCUGGAGCCGAGCUGCAUGCCGCCAGUGAGUCAGAACGCGUCAAAUCCCACGACGGUGCUCCUCGAGCCGUACGUGGGUUCACCGUCGCCUGUAAGUUUUGCAAUCUCUGGCGCAAGCAGCUUCGACCCCACCCGGCGUCAGAUCGCAAGUCCCACAUCGGCGCUCCUCGAACCGAUGGUGGGCACUGGCAGUCAGAACGCACGCCACAGCUUCGACACCGUCGGGCGUCAGAAUGCAAGACCCCCCUCGGUGCUCCUCGAGCCGACGGGGGGCUCAGCGUCGCCACAGAGCCACACCAACAUCGACGGGAGUCAGAGCGCAAAUCCCGCCACGGCACCGCCGUCGGUGGGUUCAACGUCGCCACGGCUCGAAACUAGAGGAGAAGACACGACCGAGAUGGGAGAGCUCUGGGAAAUGAUGGAGUUGGCUGCAGAGGCACCCGUGGAGAAAGAGGCCCCAGAGUACAUCACCAAGUGCGCCGCGUACCAAGCGACCACGCAAGCCUCCAGGGACCUCAGCCUGAGCUUCUCCUCCAUCAUGAACACGAUGGAGCACUUCUACUGCAUGGCUUACCGCAUCGACCCCCUUGACCGAGCGAAGUACUGCGGCAGAGGCGACCCGAGAACAUUCACCAUGCGCAAAGGCAAAGAGAAGCACGAGAGGAGAGAGCGGUAUGCAAACCGCAGAGCUGACUGGUGGAGCAGAGCCGAGAACACCCUGUCCUUGCUGGCGAGGCUGCGCAAGAAGAACAGGGACGUGAGACAGCAGCUGCACCUAGAGGCCGCAGGCAGACACCUCGCCUACGACGGCCUCCCGAACACCAGCGACCAGGCAUCGGACACGGCGAAGCUACACCGAGAGAUCUGGAGAGUGAGGCUGACAGACUUAAGCAAGGUCGACACAGACGUAAUCCUUGGCAUGGCGCAGCAGGCAGAGCAGGAGAAGCGGCUCGCACUCAAGAGGGACCUCCAAGAGAAUUCGCGGGCCUUCGCACAGUGGCUGGCGCGGGCUGAGAAGGAC